AUGUUCAAGCUCGCACGCAGCCGGGCUGCUACUUCGGCGCUUCGAUCAGCCGCGAAGCCGCAAAUCACAUCCACCCUUAGAUUCCCGGGCAUUGCCCAACAGCAGCGGAGAAGCCUGAGCAUCCACGAGUAUCUGUCGGCCGAUCUUCUGCGCAAGUAUGGCAUCGACGUCCCCAAGGGCGCAAACGCAUCGUCGCCUGCCGAAGCCGAGAAGAUCGCCAAGGACAUUGGAAACGAUGACAUGGUCAUCAAGGCGCAGGUCCUUGCUGGUGGCCGUGGAAAGGGUAGCUUCGACAACGGCUUGAAGGGUGGUGUGCGUGUCAUCUACUCACCCACCGAGGCCAAGAUGUUCGCCGAGCAGAUGAUCGGCCACAAACUCGUAACCAAGCAGACUGGUGCGGCCGGCCGCCUCUGCAACUCCGUCUACAUCUGCGAGCGCAAGUUCGCCCGCAGAGAAUUCUACCUCGCCGUCUUGAUGGACCGAGCCUCCCAGGGACCCGUCAUCGUAUCUUCAUCUCAGGGUGGUAUGGACAUCGAGGGCGUCGCUAAGGACAACCCCGAUGCCAUUAACACGACCUAUAUCGAUAUUAACACCGGUGUGACGGAUGAGAUUGCGCGCGACAUCGCCACCAAGCUUGGCUUUAGCGAGCAGUGCAUCGAGGACGGCAAGGACACCAUCCAGAAGCUGUACCAAAUCUUCCUCGAGAAGGAUGCCACUCAGAUUGAGAUCAACCCCCUCUCCGAGACCUCGGACCACAAGGUUAUGUGCAUGGACGCCAAGUUCGGUUUCGAUGACAACGCCGACUUCCGCCAGAAGGAGAUCUUCUCGUGGCGCGACACCACUCAGGAGGAUGCUCAGGAAGUACGUGCUGCUGAAUCCGGACUCAACUUCAUCAAGCUAGAUGGUGAUAUUGGCUGCUUGGUCAAUGGUGCCGGUCUUGCCAUGGCCACCAUGGACAUCAUCAAGCUGAACGGCGGCCAGCCCGCAAACUUCUUGGACGUUGGUGGCGGUGCCACUCCCGCGGCCAUCAAGGAGGCCUUUGAGCUCAUCACCAGCGACCCCAAGGUCACUGCCAUUUUCGUCAACAUUUUUGGUGGUAUCGUGCGAUGCGAUGCUAUUGCCCACGGCCUCGUUAACACCGUCAAGGCACUGAACCUGAAGAUUCCCAUCAUUGCCAGACUCCAAGGAACCAACAUGGAGCAGGCACACCAGCUCAUCAACGACUCGGGAAUGAAGAUCUUCUCCAUCGAUGACCUCCAGAGUGCAGCUGAGCGAGCUGUGCAACUUUCCAAGGUUGUGAAGAUGGCGCGGGAUAUUGACGUCGGCGUCGAGUUCAGCUUGGGUAUCUAA